UGAAAAGGAAGAAGGAAAAAGGGCGGAAGUUGACCACACUUCCUCGGGGCUCUGCGGUUUGUUUGUGUGACUACCUGCCAAGGUGAAACCGUCGACGAAGCGUCAGAAUGUUGAAAGAUUUGGUGAGGGAGCGCCUAAUCGCGGCCGCUGACGAAAUCUUCGGCCUGUUUGAAAGCACCAUCGCGUCGUACGAGGAGCAACUAGCUCGAGCGAGAGACGAGACCGAUCGACACCGACGGCAGCGAAAGCAUAAUUGUGAAACUCAAACGCCGCUGCACGGUCAAGAGGUCUGGCAGCUCAUUGAUCCUCCCCCUCGGCUGCACUGGCGGAGCUUCAGUGUUAAGCAGGAGGAUCUGCAGCCCCUGCGGGCCAAAGACGACGACGAAGACGAGGAUCCGCAGCGCCCCCCCUAUGCCGAUGAGGUCAAGGACAAUUUACAGUCUUCCUUCGGCAAAGAGGAAGAAGAGGAGGAGACUGACGUCUGUGUGCCAUCACUGGCCGUCAUCUCCGUCAAGAGUGAAGACGACGAAGAAGAGGCGCCCAAACCGUCGCAGCGCAUGAGCAAUGAGCAUCGCGGAGGCCCGCCGACGCCGCACGGCGGCCACAACAGCGACGGUUUGAGGAAUGGCGCCGACAAUCUGGGCGACGCCGACCUCCCGCAAAGCUCCGAAAGGGAGACGGGCAAAGAGCGCUUCAGCUGCUCGUUUUGUGGCAAAGGCUACGCGUAUCGCUGCAAGUUGGCUCUGCACAUGAAAGUACACACGGGAGAGAAACCUUUCACCUGCUCUGUCUGUGCCAAACGCUUCAGCCAAAAGGUCAACAUGCUGUCGCACAUGAGGACCCACACGGGGGAAAAACCCUUCAGUUGCUCAGUCUGCGGCAAAACCUUUGCCCACAAGCCAAAUAUGGUGGCCCAUGCCAAAACGCACACGGGGGAAAAACCCUUCGCUUGCUCAGUGUGUGGCAAAACCUUCUUCCAAAAGUCCAACAUGUUGACGCACCUGAAAACACAUGGUGGCGAUCGAGCCUUAGCCUGCCCCGUUUGCGGCAAGAGUUGUUCCCAUCGGGGCGACCUGACCGCCCACAUGAGGACGCAUGACGCAGACAAAUCGUUUGCGUGCUCCGUUUGCACCAAAAGAUUCUCCCGCAAGAUCAACCUGAUGACGCACAAGAGAACGCACACGGGAGAGAAGCCCUUUGGCUGCACCGUGUGCACCAAGAAGUUCACCCAAAAGACGCACGCGAACACGCACAUGAGAACUCACACGGGAGAAAAACCCUUUGCGUGCUCACUGUGCGGCAGAGCCUACGCUUAUCAGAACAGUUUGGACGCGCACAUGCAGACGCACAAGGACGAAAAAAGCUUCAGCUGCCCCGUGUGCGACAAAGUUUUCUCCUGCAAGACGUUCCUGGUCGCACACACGAGAACGCAUACGGGCGUGAAGCCCUUCCUGCUUUUCCUUCUUGUUGUCUUCGAUACCGCCACAAGUUGGCGGCCGCGUGGUGUCACGGCGGCUUCAGUUGCCCUCAAAGCACCGCCGAAGAAGAAAAAGCCGGAAACGGAGAGCAAAACAAAGCGCGGGCGACAUCAACAGAACACAUUGAGAAAAAAAAUGUCCCUAAAACAAAUUUGCCGAGCGACAGAUGAGCGCAAAGCCGAUUCCUCCACUCGACGUGUCCGAGACGUCCAGUGGCCGAUUGGCGGCCGAGUAGCGCUCACGCCUCCUCCUGUCAAGGUUGAAGGGAAGGAGCUCGACACGGUGGCGGCAAAGAGCGAAGGUGGCCCGCCCGAAGUGGUGGCAGGUGAGCUCUCAGCGCCGCCGUCAGAUGGCGGAAGCACGCGAGCAGAUUGCCACAAAGCGUCCGAACGCUCCCGAAAGCGCGGCGGGCGUGGCGCCGCCGGGUGCGCGCGCUUCGCCUGCGCGCUGUGCGGCCAGAGCUACGCAUACAAGUGUAAUUUGACUCUCCACAUGAAAAGGCACACGGGAGAAAAACCCUUCAGUUGCUCCGUGUGCGGCCAAGGAUUUAUCCAGAAGGUGUCGCUGAUGGCGCACGCUGCGGCGCACACCGGGGAAAAACCUUUCUCCUGCUCCGUCUGCGGCAAAAGCUACUCGUAUAAGAAUAACUUGAAGGCGCACAUGCGCGAGCAUGGGCAAAAGCCCUUCGUCUGCUCGCUGUGCGGCAAACGAUUCACGCAAAAGGUCAACAUGGAAUCGCACGCGCGGAUCCACACCGGAGAGAAACCUUUUGCCUGCUCGUUUUGCGGCAAGCGCUUCACCCACAAGCCCAACAUGGUGGCCCACUCUAGGAUCCAUGCUGGAGAGAAGCCCUUCACGUGCUCGCUGUGCGGCCAAGGUUUCGCUCAAAAGGUGGCGCUGACGGCUCAUGUGCAAGCGCACACGGGCCAGAAAGGCUUCGUCUGCGCCGUUUGCGGAAAAACCUUCUACAAGCAAGCCAGCUUGGUGUCGCACACGAGAACGCACACGGGCGAAAAGCCUUUUGCCUGCUCGCUGUGUGGCCAGAGUUUUGCCCAGAAGGUCACGCUGGUGGCGCACAUGCGCACGCACACGGGAGAGAAACCCUUUGCGUGUUCCUUUUGCCACAAAGCCUUCUCUCAAAAAUCACACAUGGUGGCCCACGUGAGAAUCCACACGGGAGAAAAACCCUUCAGCUGCUCCAUCUGCGGCCAAGGCUUUGCUCAAAAGGUCUCGUUGACCGGACACAAGCGAGUCCACGCAGGGGACAAACCCUUUGCUUGUACCUUUUGUGCAAAGCGCUUCUCCUACAGGUGCAGUUUGACUGCGCACAUGCAUACGCACGCACAGCAGGGAGAUUAACACGAGGCGGAGGGAGGCACAACCAUUCAUUGACAACUCGUCAACGAGCAAGUCCAUCGGCAUCGGAUUCAAGACCGGACGAAGGGGCUCCCUGAGCCGAAGUCCAACUGCAUUGGCCUCACUGGUUUCUCUCCAAGUGUCUUGCCUUCAAGUCUUGAAAAAUGC